GCGCUAGGGACUGAAUGUACAUCGCGUAGGUCCAGCUGGUCAAAAAGAAACCAGCGUUUUGAAACCUUCUUAGGAGGUUAAAUGUUCUGAGUACCUCCUCCAAAUACCCCGGUGGGGGCGGUCACCAUUUCUGGUGCGGGGAAGCUGAUUUCUACCGCUAAUUCCGCUAGCCCCGCUGAAAACAAGCAACCUCGGUACUGACAGGUCCGGACGCAGGAGGCUCUUCUACAUUAGGGCACCCGCUGGUUUAACUGAACUAGUCAUCGAGGCGACGAGGAUGUCUCCUGGGUGCAUUGCCCCAGAGCAAGACAAGCUUCCGAGCGAAGGGCUGGUGCUGAAGCCAAACAAAACCAAAAGCAAAAGGGGCUGGUGGAGGAUCGCUGAGUGUUCACAGACCAGUGUAAAAGAGGCGAGACAAAUACCCUCCCAUUCUGGAUCGGCCAGAGACAGCCAAGAAGACGUAAUGGUAAUCCUGAAAAGGAUAUUGCAGAAAAUGGCCAAAAGCGAUAAACCCGAAAUAGCGCUGACAGUAAAAUGCCUCCAGAUUCCGCAAGCUCUCUGAAAGCAAGACCUCCUUCACGUCGCUGGAAAUAGAGGUGCCCAGCUGGGUUUUGAAUGUGAACAUAAUGCAACCAAAAUGACCGUACACUCUACCGUUGCUGAUGGUAUGCGAACACAGCUCCAAAGAAGAAUGCUUACUGGCCUUGACAGGCCUUUGGGGUAGGGGGCGGGAUGUAAAGAUUUGUCCAUUUUAAAACCUGCUCUGCUAGGCUCGGUUUUGCGGGUUAGUUUCGAGCUGGCGCUGUGAGGAAAGCUCUGCACCGAGUAUUAACGCAGUACGCAUGUGGACGCUGGAUUUCCUUCCCCAAAACGCCCCAUGCUGGAUUUUACUUUGUUUCCGGGUGCAAUUUAAGACUAUAAAGAGAGUGGGUCCGCGAGAGCUCCGAGAUCACCAUCCUUCUGCCUGCGUGUUACUGCGAUAGCAGAGCUGUACAAUGAACACUUAUCUCUUCAUCUAUUAUUUAAUCCAAUUCUGUGGACAUUCCUGGAUAUUUACGAAUAUGAUCAUCAGGUUCUUGUCAUUUGGGAAAGAUUCUUUGGCCGAUACCUUCUAUUCUAUAGGACUCGUAAUGCGCCUUUGUCAGUCGUUGUCCAUAUUAGAGCUCCUGCACAUUCUAGUUGGAAUUGAAGAAAACCGUUUUCUCCCAAGGUUUUUACAGAUAACUGAGAGAAUCAUCAUUUUAUUUGUUGUCAUCACCAGUCAAGAAGAAGUUCAAGGGAAAUAUGUUGUGUGUGUUUUAUUUUUCCUUUGGAAUUUACUGGAUGUCGUCAGAUACACUUACUGCAUGUUAUCAGUGUCAGGAACAUACUAUGGAGCUUUGACAUGGCUGAACUACACACUAUGGAUUCCAGUAUAUCCCUUGUCAAUUCUGGCUAAAGCAUUUGCCAUCUAUGAAUCACUUCCUUAUUUUGAAUCCUUCGGCACAUACUCAAUCAAGCUACCAUUUCCAGUUGCCUUAUCGAUCUACUUCCCGUACAUACUAAAACUGUACCUGGCAAUGCUGUUUGUAGGUAUGUACUUCAUCACCACAUACCUCUGCUCAGAAAGGAAAGCUCAUCUAGGAGCCAGCUACAUCAAAGAGAAAAGGAGCUAAGUUGAUACCUUGUCUUGUAAUGAGGAAAAUGCUCUAGAACAUGCUAUGCUAACACAUUAUGUGGAAAUAAUUUAGACCAAGAUUUUCAGAAGUGCUUAGUAAUCUUAUGCACCCAACUGGGAGUGCCUUAGAGGUUCCCAAUUUACAAGAGCAGGGUGCUCCACACUUUCUGAAAAAGAGGCCCAUUAAGGCAUCUCACAUUGGGCACUCAGAUGUAAGCAUCUCAAAUCUCCCGUCACUUUUUAAAGUCUUGGCCUCAGAGGUUACUCUAUCUUUUUCUAACAUAAAAUGACAGGUUACAAAAUGUGACAAAAAUGUAAAUCAUAUCAGCAUUUCCUGUAUUUUAAUAAUGGGUUCCUAUCGCAGCAGUAGCAUGGAUUCUGCAUUUUAUAUCAGAGUAAAAUGUCAAUGGUAUUUUAUCAUUAUCUCACCUGUUAGACUACGUAAAUCAGAUGUACGACUAUCAUAUUUGCUGGAACUGCAAUAGAUUAUGAAGCAGAAGCUGGUGGUUCUGCAUUUUGCCACAUUCACACAAAUACCAAUAGGUAAAACUGUUCACAGAAAACCCAUCCUCCUCCACUUCCCCUCCACCCCGAUUCUUAAAGUACAUGUAAGUGACAAAUGCAGUUACAGUGUCUAUUCACUACAAGUCCUAGAAGGCAUUUAACGUACAGAAGUAGAAGUUAUGAUUCUAAUAUAUUUCCAGUAGACACUAUUGAAGGAUCUGUUUUUCUUAACUGUGACAUCCAGAUUAUCUUGGAACUGAAGAAACAAGACAGACACUCACUCUUACUUAACUCAUUUAAGUGUGAUAUAGUCAGUCCAAGAAAUACUCUGCCUUUAAAACUAAGAUAAUGGAUUAUAUAAACUGUGGGCCAAAUCCAAAUUGUCUCACAAAUGAGAAUUGUCCCAUUGAUGUCAGUGAGGUUACUUGUGCAACAAAAGUAAUUAGGAUUUGGUCCUAUGAGGUGGGGAACUACUUAUAUGUGAAGAAGCAAGAAAAUAGGAUACGCUUUCCUUGGGGACAAAUUACUUCUCUGACUGCACAAGCUACUCCGAAAUAACCAUAGGCUGACUUGUUUCCCAUUGGUACUAUUCCCCACCACCCUGUGGGCUUGAAUAAAAGACAGAAAAAAUGAAGCAGAUUAAAGAGUGAAAUGAAAACACUUUGGGUCAUGAAAAUUCUCUUACCUAUUUAAGACUCUGAAAAAGUGAAACCUAAGUAUGCCUUUGUCAUAAGACAACAUUUGACUAACCAAUGAGGGAAGAGCAUCUCAAAUUGAUGAUUUAGUGACUCUAGGACAAGUCUACAGCCACAGCCAGGCAGCUCAGCUGUAUCUGAACUGCCCCUACCUGUGCUACCACAGUUACACUGCUAUUUAUGCUGGAACUAGCUUGAAUACAUGUACAUGAACAAAGGAAUCACAUUCCUAGCUCGUACUGUAGACAUAGCCUUAGACAGGUAAAUUUGUACAUUACCUGGGAACAGUACACUAGAGUGGGUACCAUUAAACACUUUGCUUUUGCAUCCAGGUAUUAUUGUGGUGUGCAUGCUAACAUAUAGCACUUUUGGUCAGUAGAUCUCAAAGCGCUUUACAAAAGAGGUAACUAUUAUAGUAUUGCCUGUAUUUAGGAAAUAGAGCAAAUAUUAUUGUAAUGUUAUUUAGUUACAAAAGCAAAUGUGAUGUUUUUAACAAUGAUCAUGCUAUCUGGGCAGAGGAGAAUUCCCUCAGUGCAGGAUCUGAGGAAGACAGAGGACCCGCUUAAGAAUCCUGGGGUAGCAGUUGUGCCUGGUGUGGGAAGGGAGUAUCAGAGGCAGGGCUGCAGCAUGUUACCCAGCAGAGAUUCCAGACAGCAGAGCCAGCUGGGGACAUGCUGCUGUAAUGCAGACAGCCCACCUGAGGCCACUUUAGCCUCUGGAGCAGCCCAGAUUCACAAGGGUAGAAAAGGUGGAUCAAAGUGAACUUAGCACACCCCUGCCAACCCAUUUCACAGGCUGGGAGCUCUGUGCUGCAUCUCUUAGAAGCACAGCCCAGAAUCUCACCUUAUAAAGCAUAUCCUGAAAGAGUAAAAUGAUGGUGGAUCCCUAACAUUUGUUGGAAAAUGCUGAUAUUUUCCAUUUUGUUCACAUGGUAGUCUGGUCAAAAUUUUCAAACUCAGAUUGCUAAAGUAAGUUGCCUUAAGUCUAUUUUUCGGCACCCUAACAAGUGGCUUAUUUUUCAGAU